GAAUAAUCUCUCUUAAUUGUUAAUGAAUUGCUUAAAGUGUUGAAAAUGUCAAAACGAUUGUUUCUUGCCUCGAGGUAUAUCUCAAACCCUAACUCGACUCGGAGACAGGAACUUCAGGCAAUUAUGACGUUUCGCUGACGUCAUUUGCACACGGUUCUUGAUAAAAAACAGGAGGAGGCUUUCAUCACCGCAUGCGAUGAGUUAAGCGAGCAGGAGGCACAAGAUACCGCAUGAAAACAUCAUCAUGAACUCUCAAUGAAUCCAUGUCGUCACCCACGGAUUCCUUUAAACCAUUAAAUUCUAUAAUUAUCAUCUUGUACCGUGAACGGUUCCGCUGAAUAGGGUGAACUUUUUAAAAGACUGGUCCAUAUCUCUGUUGUGGAUCUGUAGGAACGCAUCUGAUCGCCGAGUAUCGAGAGAGUCUCUCACUGUCUCAGGAAACUUUCAGAGGGCGAGCUUGGACUGUACUGAACUCCUCUUCUUUGAUUCGAUCCUGAAAUAAUAUUUUUUUGACAAGAAAAUGACCACAGACAAGAGCAACUUUGCCAAGAUGACGGUUGAUAAGAAGUGGGUAAUAUGCAUUGCAUUUACAUCCCUACUUGUUGUUGCAGCAGUCGUCGUUCCAGUGGUAGUGAUGAUGAAGAAGCCAAACCCAGAGGCUAGCGGCGUGAAUGACCCCUACCUCUCAGUUGGACAAGGAGCAGCACUUACAGAAAAUCAGGAACAAGUAAUGAGGGUUCAAGAGAAUGAGAUGGGAGUGGCAGCCGCCCCUAACGGAGCAGCCAUGGCCCCUAGUGAGAUGGUCGUACAGUUUGGAGGUAUGGUGGAAUGUUUACUGAGAAGGGGUUCGCUUGCUUACAAUGGUUACGGAUGUUACUGCGGACUGGGAGGGAGCGGCAAGCCCCUUGAUGCCACCGAUAGGUGUUGCCAGCAGCAUGAUCGAUGUUACAGCAAACUGAAGAAACAGGGUAUCUGUAAAGGAGACAAGUCAGUCUAUAUCACAUGGUAUAAAUCUAAUAUGAACGAAUGCGACACACCCAACGCUAAGAUAUGGUGUGCCAACCACCAUCAAUACUCGUUCUUUGAUAGCAUGCUGGCUGGCAGGCAACCCCGAUGUGCAGCGGCUCUUUGUCACUGUGACCGUAACGCUGCCCUUUGCUUCUCCCGACAUAGCAACAGUUACAACCUUAACUAUGCAUCUUACAAGGCCAAGAACAGUUGUUAGAUUUGGCCAAUUUGAGAUUGAACAUUCCAUCCAUUUUUUAUAUGAUUUGCUGUGCCUUUUUCAUUGCUCGUCCAACUUCAUUACGAAUUAUUUUUUGUUAAUUCGAUGCAAUCAUCUGGCUGUUCCCAGAAUAAAAAGAAAAGAUGUAUAUUUAUAAUAUAUUAGAUGGCUCAGAAUGGCAUAGCAGAGAUAUUUCAAGUUAGGGGCAUGAAUCGGAGAUAAGAGCAAUAUUGGAACUCAGACGAGUGAUCAUCUUGCAUAAUAUGCACAAAAGUAGUACGGUACGACAUGUAAGUA